AUGGCAAUUCAGACUAUCACUUGGAUGAGCGCCUUCCUCUGCCUCGUUCAAGUUCUCUUGAUGACCAUGCCUUGCCAGCUUCAAGGACAGCUGGUGCGAACAACCCACAACCUACUGAGAAACAUGGGGGGCCAUUUUCCUCUGGAGUGCCUGCAGGAGAAUGUCUUCAUGGCAUUCCCAACCACCUCAUUUGCAACCUCCGGGGCGCCACAGUUGAGCAGCAGUGGUGCUAAGGCUAUUUAUGAGACAUUAAAGAACAUCGACACAUUGUUUGGAACUGACGAACUGCCGACAAUGUGGGACCAACAGAAGUUGGAGUAUUUUCAGAACAUUAUCUACCGUCAGAUUGAAGAGAGCGAGUGUAUGAGCAGUGUGGAUACAAGUGAUUAUCCCAUCAGGGCAGAGGGCCUGAAGACAUACUUUGGGAACAUUGCAGCAGUUUUAAAAGAAAGGAAUUUCAGUUACUGCGCCUGGGAAGUGGUUCGAAAAGAACUCCUAAUGGCACAUCAGACUAUCACUUGGAUGAGCGCCUUCCUCUGCCUCGCGCAAGUUUUCUCGAUGCCCAUGCCUUGCCAGCUACAACGACAUCUUGUGGGAACAACCUACAACCUACUGAGAGACAUGGGAGGUCAUUUUCCACUGGAGUGCCUGCAGGAGAAUGUCUUCAUGGCAUUCCCAGCCACUGCUUUCGCAUCCUCCCGCGAGCCACAGUUGAGCAGCAGUGGUGCUAAAGCUGUUUAUGAAACAUUGAAGAACAUCGACACAUUGUUUGGAACUGACGAACUGCCGACAAUGUGGGACCAACAGAAGUUGGAGUAUUUUCAGAACAUUAUCUACCGUCAGAUUGAAGAGAGCGAGUGUAUGAUGGGGAGUGUGGAUACACGUGAUUAUCUAAUCAGGGCAAAGGUGCUGAAUACCUACUUUAGGAACAUCGCGGCUGUCAUAAAAGAAAAGAAUUUCAGUUACUGCGCCUGGGAAGUGGUUCGAAAAGAACUCCUGUACACCCUAGAAUUCAUUCUGAAACACACCUCUGACAGCCUUCUGUGGUCCAACAGAACAUGA